GGAGAAGCUUGCGCCUGCGUAGUGCUGGCUGUUGAUGCCGGUGGUUAUGGAGAUGCGGCGGCCGGCGGGGACUGCAGCGUUGGGUUGUCUCGCUGGCCACCUGUACAUCCGCGGCGCCGGGAAUCAGACUGUCAUUUUGCAAGCACAAAGACACAAGACAAUUUGCUGCAGGAGGCUAUUUUGCCAAAGGCAGAAAGCAUAGAACUCCAGAAUGCCCCACAAAAUUGGAUUUGUUACAAUAAGCUCCUCUGGCCAUGAAGAUGGGUAUAAUUCAAAUGAACUGAUGGUGCAUGCGCCAACAGUAAAUGGCUGGCGUUCUCCAAGGUUCUGCCUCUACCCACAGGAGAUUGUCCUGCAAAUGGUGGAGCGUUGUCGGAUUCGCAAGCUGCAGCUACUUGCACACCAGUACUUGAUUUCUACUAAAAUUGAAUUUUAUAUCAGCGACAAUCUUCCGGAUCACCUUGGGUCCCACCACGUGGAGAAAUUUCACAGACUCGGGUAUGUUUCCCUCUCGGAUAAUCAAAAAACAGGAUUCAAAGCCCGGGAGCUUAAGUCUGUCCAUGUUGAUGCAAUUGGGCAAUAUCUGAAAUUAACAUUCCAUAAAAACCAUGUCAACAGAUACAACUUGUACAAUCAGGUUGCCCUGGUAGCUGUUAAUAUCCUUGGAGAUCCAGUAGAAUACAAUGAAACAUGUAUAACUCCUACGAAAGAUAAGCUGAUUGAUCACUACCUUGGACGAAGCCCAGAUGACCCAGCACUUGAUGGCACUUAUUUCAGUAAAUCUGAGAUUGUCUCACCCUUGGAUGACCUCGCCUUUGACAUGUACCAGGAUCCUGAGGUGGCCCAAAUAAUACGUAAAUUGGAUGAGGAGAAACAUGAAGCAGUUAAACAUGAGCGUUAUGAUUUUGCAAAGAAACUUAAACAAGCCAUAGCUGACCUUCAGAAGGUGGGAGAGCGCCUGGGCCGUUAUGAGGUGGAAAAGCGCUGUGCAAUAGAGAAAGAGGACUAUGACCUGGCAAAACAGAAGAAGCAGCAAAUGGAUGAUUACAGGAUGAAAGUUUACCAGCAGUUGGAGCUACAUAACUUGUUAGACAUGGGAAUGAUCCGAAAGCUUCCUGAGUUUCCCCUUGAACCAGUGGAUCACCCCAGUAGAAUCCAACAACAGGUUUUGAGGCUGAAAUCUGCACCAACUGUGGAAACCCAAUUGCAAGAGUCUUAUGAAGAAAGCCACAAGUUACAGUAUCAGACCCCUGGAAAGCCACAAUGCUCUCCCAAACCACUGCAUUCUCCUCCUCUACCUGCCAGGUUACCUUCUCCAAGGGUGGAUACUAACUCACUUCCCUACGAUGAGAGGCCACUACCAACUCAACGCAAACCGGCAGAAUUGUAUGGCAUACCCCAGCUAGAAGUUAAUGAGUCGCCUGCAGUAAACACAGAUUCUUUGCCUACAUCAAGAAGUGGAAUCACUGGAGAACCAGAGCCACUAACUGAGAAAGCUUUCAGAGAAGCUUGUUUUGCCAUUGAUUUAUUUGGAGAAGCACUGGUGGCUGGAGCCUAUUCCAAGACUUGGUCAUAUAGAGAAGAUGCGUUACUGGCUGUGUAUAAAAAACUUUCCACUGUUCCUGAAGGAAUACCCAAGGAUGAACUAAGGAAUAUGUUGAAAGCAGCAAUUUUCCUUGUUCGUAGAGCCAUUAAGGACAAAGUAUCAUCUGUUUUCCAAGCAUCUCUGAAGUUACUGAAAAUGCUGAUUGCACAGUAUGCUCCCAAGCACCAGCUGGGCAAAGUAGAAAUCACACAUUGUGUGGAGAGAACGUUACCCAUUCUCCUUAGCAAGACUGGAGAUGCAACAACACAUCUUCGAGUGGCUGCAAUGAAUUUUAUCCAGGAAAUGGCACUGCUUAAAGAAGUACGACCCCUUCACAUUAUCCCACCUCAGUUAAUGCAGCCUUUGAAGCCACAAGUUCCAGGCCGCCUGGUGAUGAAUCAAAUUGAGUUGGUGGAACGCUUGCUCAAGGAGUUGGGUACAGAUAAUAGUGGCUUCACCAUAGGCAAUGUCAUGAAGAGUUACAACAGGGAGCAUUUGCAAUGCACCAUACUGCAAUGGAGAAGAAAAAACAGAGAACUUACUCUUGCAGAGAAGUUUGCAGCAGGAGCUUUGGAACAUACUGCAUCCGAAGUCAGAGAUACAGCUGUACGGAUUGUCCUUUACAUGUAUCGACAACACAGGGGUGCCAUUUUGCACUACCUUCCACCUGAUGACGCAAAUACACGCAGGAAUGUGCUAUACAAAUCACUUUUUGAUGGGUUUGCGAAAAUAGAUGGGAGGCCAACAGAAGCCGAGCAGCGAGCACACAAAAAGGCAGCUGCAGAAGAGGCAGAGAGGCGGAAGAAAGAGGAAAUAAGGGCCCUGCAGGAGCAACUGGCGGCACUGAGAGAAAUACAGGCAGAGGUCCAGGCUGAAAAGGGAAAAGAUGCAGAAAACAGUAAAGUUUCUAAAAUGGAUCGUGGAAACAAAGCUGCAGCCCCACAGCCAGAGGUGCGAGAUGACCAGUCUUCAGUGGUGAAUUAUUUGGAUAACUUAUGCAUAUUCUGUGGAGAACGGGAUGAAACGUUUACUGACGAAGGCUUGGACAUCCAUUACUGGAAGCACUGUCCAAUGUUGAGACGUUGUGAGCAUUGCAAACAGGUGGUAGAAAUAGCCACCCUUACAGAACACAGGCUGACCGAGUGUGACAAGAAAGACAGUUUUGGGAAAUGUCAUCGUUGUGGUGAAGCAGUAGCAAAAGAAGACCUGCAGGAACAUGUUACGAUGAAGAGUUGCAAUGCUGCGAUGCCUGAGAAAGUUGCCAACCACUGUCCACUGUGCCAUGAGAAUUUCCAGCCAGGAGAGGAGGCCUGGAAAGUGCAUCUCAUGGGAAGAGAUGGCUGUAAAAUGAACCCCCGCAGGACGCAGACAUUACAGAGGGGUCAGCAACUCCAACAAGCAAAGUCUGGAACUGUGGCUACAUCUAGGUCGGGUCCAACAGGGGUUAAAGGACGUUCCCCAACCUCUGUCAGCAAAAUUCCUGCUCCAAGAGCUGGGUUAAACAAAACAACAAGCAUAACUCCAAAUCGACGAUGAACUUGCACCAUCCAAAGGUCAAAAUACUGCAGCAAACUUAACGAAACCCCUGCACCACGAACACCGAACAAUCAGAUUGCAAUGUCAGUUAUGAAUGCACACAGGACUGAGAAAUCACUGACAGGCAAAAGGCUGUUUGCAUGCUUCUGACUUAUUGGAGCCAUUUUGAUACCUAUGAAACAUCCAUCCCAUCCAGGCUAGACUCCAGCUUAAUUCCUUAAAUAAUUCCAUUGGUACUUAGAAAGUUGUUUAAUGAAAUGAUUAAAAGAAAGCAGGACUGUAAAAUACAAGUUCAGUAGUUAUCUCUCAGUCCAUUCAUCUAUUGUGUUGCAGAAAAUUCCAAUUUACUGAAAUCCAUUUUUUUCCCCAUUUGCUUUCCUUUCAUGCAACAGCUUUGGAAGAGAAUUUGAUCUCACUGUUUUGGACUGAUCAAUUACAGCAGUCCUGCUUAGAAUAUAUUGUUAACAAUUAUACAGAAUCAUUCAUUUUAAACUGCCCACAUAAAAAACAAUUUUAUUUGCAGCAGAGUGCCACAUGGUUUUUAUGAGGUGCUGCAAUAUGAAAAUUGGACUUAAGCAUUCUUUUAUCUCUGAACUUUUGUCCAAAUACUUGAGUUACUUGUAACCCAUUAGGGAAUUGAGCUCAUCAUGACCAGAUAAAUCAUUUACUGUCAGAGUCAGACUGAAAGCUAGGACUGUUGUUCACUGCAGAAAAUUAUCCCUGAAGUAAGUGGUUGUUGCAAACUAGUUAUAUGCAAUAAAUCUGUGGCAAAUAUUUCUGUGAAUCUGACGGUGGAACUUAAUUUGAGAUAGAUUGAGAAAUGCUAGGCGACUGGAACUCCCACUGCAGCUCUUUUGUGCAUCUAUAGCCUACAAGUCUGAUUGCUGCUUCUAUGUGAAUAGAAUCAUUUAGAGUGGAGUGAGACAACUUAGCUUUGCUCCUGUAAACACUUAGCAAGGAAAAUAUUGAUGGUAAAAUGCAUUAGGGAAACCCAUGAAGUAACAUUAAAGGGCAGUGUAUUUUGUUUUUAUGUUAAAUAACUGCGUAGAUGAAACACAUAGCAAAGCAUUGGUUGGGAAAGGCCAACAGAACCCACCUGAUUUUUCCAUCUAUCUAAAUUGUACAGUGAUUAUUAAACACCAACAAACCCAAUGUGGGAAUAUCUACCUAAAGUCUAGAAUCUCAACAUUGCAGAAAAUCAGCUGCAAUGCUCAUUCACUUGUUGAAAAUUAUUCCAGAAUCCCAACCAUUACUUCUUGAGUUGUAUUGGGAGCAAUAUUGCCCAAACAAAAAAAAAAUCAUGUUAAAUGUUUGUGACAUAGUUUAGUAACUGUAGAAGAUUAUGGGUGGUGUGUUUUUAACGAAUCCAAAAAUAAAUUGCAGUUGUUUCUCUGCUUAUAUUUGUUGGAAACCACAAAAUCCCAGAUUAAAGAUGGCACUGAUGAUG